CUCAGUUGAUGAGGACAUCACAUGUCUGUCUCUGUCUCUGUCUCUCACUCAGUAACUCUCUCUACAUUGAGUCAUGUCCAGUCUCAGUUUUCUUUCUGUGUAUUUGAGCGGAGCCUCAAUGAUCCUGCUGCUGACGGCUGUGUCUCAGGCUCAGGACUACGACUACACUCCCGCUUCGGACUACGACUCCGACUACAACGCCACCUUCGAGUACAGCUUCUACAGCAACAGCAGCAGUGAGGACCUGGAGAAGUUCACGGAACCGUUCAUCGAGAGCCUGGACGUCCCGAACAGCUCUUCACUUCCUGUUUCUCUAGCAAUCAGGACACUCUUCUGGACCCUGAUGAUCAUGAUCAGUGUGAAUCUGCAGCAGCUACAACACACACUAUGAGAGACACACUCAGCAGUCCAAUCCGGUCGGAGGUGGGAGGAUCCUGGUGGAGCUCAGCCAAUCACAGACCCUUAUCAGAACGGUUCUGAUAAAUAUUAAACUUAAUCACAUGUUUUCACAGUUUAUCACUUUUUUAUUUGAGGCAGUACUAAUUUAAGUAUUAAUAUUCACAAAUAAUAUGAAUGAGCUUGCAUGUUUAUAUUUUCUGAGGAUAAAUAUCUUAUAAACCUGACGGGGAGAAGAACCAUCGUAUCUGGAAACCAGCAGCACUCUGGAAACCAGCAGCACUCUGGAAACCAGCGUCUCUUCCAAGUUUCUGGUUGUCUGGUUGUUCUUGUGAUCUUUUAAUCUGAAGCGUCUUCUAAAGAAAGUUCAGAGGUUCAUCACUUCCUGUUGCACACACAACAAAUCCCACACAAAGAAUAUGUGUUUUGGGGAAAGUUCACAAAUUUGACAGUAAAUUACAGAAUUGUUACUGAAAGAUAGAAAAAAAAAAAGAUUGAGCGAUUUUCUAUCCAGAACUGUUUAAUUGUUGAUUGAUUGUCUUGUUUUUUUAAUAAAAAUAUGAACCUUGA